UAUACAUAUCCUGGCUUUCUUGCAUUAAAUGCGUAGAUGUGUUAAUGAUCAUUAGUUUCACUCUUUCUAAAGAAAAUAUCACUCAAAAAGUUAAAGGAUUUCAUUCCGAGAAAUCCGUUUCUUUCUUGUGGACACUACUCUUUUUUUACAUUCAUUACAGAGGCAACCAAAUGAUGGGUAGGAUCAACUUGCCUGGAUCACCACAUGAAAAUUUGAGAUUCAGAAUCAUACUCAAAUGGUGUUAUUAGAAGUAACAAAUUGUUAAUACAUCUUAUGGAUUGUUAUAUCAUUAUUAAACAGUAUACAGUUGGAUUGUUAGGUAUAUAUACAAUAAAUAACAAGUACGGUGCAACCGGCGAACCGAAUGCUUUAGAGUUUCCGAAAGUUAACUACAUAUUCUUUACAAAAGUCUUAGGAAUCAAUAGGUAUUGACCCAAAACCAUGGUCAAUAUUUAUUUGUGAUGGUAGUUGUAGUUAAGAAAGACAGCAAAAAUACAAAUGGAGUGCUGGGUGCCGUCUGUGAUUAUACUGUAGGUGAUUUGCCAGUUACGAAUCCAGAAUCGUAGAGAGAAGUCAUUUAGUAGGUUAUUCCAGAAAGGGAGAGCAGAAAUAAGGAUAAGGACUCGAGGGAUAGUCCACAUUGACGGAGAGGGAAGAGAUCAAAGUGUUAGUCAAGAAGGUCUGGGAGAUGAUACCUACAAUCAAAUUAAAUGAGAGGAAAAUGAAAUGUCUUUACCAAGGAUGUUAGUAAAUCAAGUAUGAAAGAGCAAAUAUAUUUUGUUCCGAGAGUGCAGAAGCAAAGAUUGGUGGGAGAAAUGUGAUAAUGCAACCAACAACAGAAUUGAUGGUAAUACAGGUAAUCCAAGGGCAAAUCCAUAAUACAAGAUAAUGGAGUGAAGAUUACCGAGCCGGGCAACAGUAGGAAGACCGUAUUCCACAAUGCUUUGAAUUACAGAACCCUGCACUGAGAUCUUUAGUGGCAUUUGUUAUAAAUAACAAAAAAAUAAAAAAUACUUGAAAACACGAAGUUGUUCACAUUUCUUGAUGAUGAGGCCAAGAUUUUAAUGCGAGUAACAGUAAGAAUAGUGGAGGAGAGGAUGGGCGAGGUGUUCAUAAUGUCAGAUUUAUUGGAAUGACGACGACGUGAGUUAAUGUCGAUCCUGGUAGUUACUGUAUACAAUAGUUUCACAUUUUUUAAUAAUAUAAUUAAACUAAAAUUUUAAUAAUUCAAAACAGUCUGUAUUUUUGCUCUAAUAGAUGUUUGGUUAAAAAUCCGUUUGUACAAUGUGUAUUCAGCGGUAUCAAUAUUUAUUCGGUGCGGCUGCUCUUUAAUAAAUUCCUCUGCUGUUUUAAAAAUACACACUACAGUUAAGGUAGUUUAUAUUUAAUAUAUUAAUGACGAUCUGCCUUGGCGUUAUAAACGCCGAGACCAACAACUAAGAAAAUCGAGCCGUGGAAACAUCAUUCGGUAAGUUGUAGGAUUUUAAAUAUAUAUAUAUAUGAUAACGGCAUAUUUAUUUAUUUAAACUGUUAAUUUUUAUUUAAAUUAGAUGAACACCUACUUUUCUUUCGAUUAUAAAUUGAACCAUUUCCUCUUGAAUGGAAUUUCCAUCGCGACUAUUGAAGAGAUGUUUGGAGCUUGCAUAAUAGUAUCAUUAUUGGUGUUCCUGUACGAAACUAUCAAGAUUUUCAGAAAUCGUUUGUCGCUGUUCCUACAAAACGAAGAAACGUACAGGGGUGUAAAAGUUUCAACUGACACGAAAGAAAAAACAGAUUGGAAGAGAGUUCGACAUCACGUGUUUCAGACAAUGCUUUACACUAUGCAAACCUUUGUAGGAUACACGAUCAUGUUGACAGUUAUGACAUUCAACGUGUGGUUGAUCGUCUCGACUCUCCUCUCCACGUUAUUCUGUGUUGGCUUUUCUAGUGUGUUCGCUUCUUACAAACCUACGAAGAUUCACGUUCAAUGUUCGAUACAGAAAUACUAAUUAUUAAUUUUAAAAAAUAAUUGAAUGUUCUUAAUAAUUUUUCUUAUAUUAGAAUUAUUAACUCUUGUAUUUGCAUGAAUCGGGGAUAACUAAUAUAUCUUUGUUAACCGAUUUUUGGGCCGUCCCAUAUAUCUGCCGCGUUUCAUCACAAUAUUUAAUCUCUGAAAGUUCUGUCUUUCACAGAGAGAGAGAGAUUUUACUCGAAUUAACGAUUCGUUUACUUUCUUCCUUAUAAAAGAUUAGGAAUAAAAUUUUAAAUUACGAAAAUAAUAGUGUAUAUAUUUAUGAAAAAUCAAUCAAUUUGGCAGUUAAAUAUAUACAUAUAUAUUUUACCAUUAAUUAAA